AUGCCAUCUUCUUUACCACCUCCAGCAAAGUUAACAGCGGAUGCCGUGCAACGAGCACUGGAGCUUUAUCCCUUGCUCGUGGAGAGGGUGUAUAAGGCCAAGCUAAAGGAUCCGAAGAAAGUGGCGGAUGCUCUCAAACGCGACAAAUGGCGGUUCGGCGAGUUGCCGGCUGCCAUUGCUGCUAUAAAUUCAGGAGGGAGCAACGAAACGAAGCAGUCGACCUCUCAUAACGAUAUAGUCGACGGGGCACUUGCCAAAGACGCUCUUGAGAGGCUGGUGCAGUGGAAAAUGUAA